AUGAAUGUUACCGAAAGAGUCGUUGGCCUCAUUGACAUGGACUGUUUUUAUGCACAAGUAGAACAGCGUGAUCAGCCGAAUUUGUGGGGAAAGCCCGUCAUUGUUGUUCAACAUACUCGUCAAGGUGUUCAGGGAGGGUAAACGCCAAUGAAAUUUCUUUAAAAAAAAACUUUUUCUUCAGAAUUCUCGCAGUCAGUUAUGAAGCUCGAUCGUUCGGUGUGAAACGAGGAAUGCCUGUCGUCGACGCAAAAAAGCUCUGCGCAGAGCUGAGUGUGUGCCAUGUUCCCAUUGGAGAGCACGCUGACAAGGCAGAUAUUCAGAAAUACAGGUUGGGUUUUCUUUUUCAUGAAAUUUGAUGAUGUUAAAAAAGUCCAGAGACGCUAGCGCUGAAGUUUUCGAAGUUUUAAAUAAUUAUGACGCGACAAUAAUUGUCGAAAAAGCUUCGGUCGAUGAAGCUUUUCUCGAUUUGACAGCCUAUGUGAAUAACUUGGUCGAAUCUUCCGCUUACAAGGAUGGCUCUAUAAACGAGGUUUUUCUUGUUAUCUAUAAGGUUAUAUUCAUUUUUUGAAAAUAGAUUUGUGAGGAGCUGAAAUCCAGUAUUGGCACGACACACGUUGCAAAUGGCAGGGAUAUAAAAGGGAAGGAUGAGGAAGAUUUUGUGUACGACCGGGAAGAGAACAUGAAAGAUUGGCUGUCCGAAUGUAGGAGGAGUUCGACACAAGUAUAACUGAAUAUUUGCAGAAAAAAUAAAGAUAUAAGAUUUAGUUGAAACUAUUGAUCGCUGCUCGGACUAUAGAAGAUAUUCGGAGGCAGAUUCAAGAAAAGACGCAGUUUUUCUGCUCGGCAGGAAUCGCUAAUAAUAAGGUAGUUUUGUUCCAAAAUCGUUUUAAGGUUCAUUGAAUCGUCAAAAGCUUACACCUCUUUAAGAAAAAAAAAAUGUGAAAAAGGGUUGUCCACAUAAUAUCAACCUCUUAUUUUUUUAAAUAUCUUAUUUAUGAAAGUUUUUGAAAAUCUUUUUCUGUCAAAUGAUGCAAAUUUUAAUCACAUAACUAAUGACUCCAGUAAAAAAAUUUCGUUGGAAAAAAACGUUUUCAUAAAAAAAUUUCAGCUCUCCAAAAAAAUCACUUGUGGAUAUAAAUUAUGUGGAGAAGUGUAUACUUGAAGGAAUUUAUGAUUUUUUAUUAACUCAGAAUUUUUGAAGCUUUAUAUAUCAAAUGAAGCUGAUAUAUUCGAAUUAUACUGUUUUUGGAUGGUUGCCAAAUUAGUCUGCGCCCGACAUAAGCCUCGCCAACAGACCGUCGUUCCACCGCAAUUCGUUGCUGAAAUCUUCAAAACCACCCCGAUUUCGGAUGUCCGAGGCUUCGGAGGCAAAUUGGGACGCCAAAUCCAAGAUAAUUUGAAAAUCAAGGUACCUUUGACCAGAAAAAAGAAUUAUAAUUUUCAUUAAAGAUGAUGGGUGAAAUAUUGGAAGUGGACCGAGAUCUGUUACAAAUGCGAUUUCCAAAUUGUACCGAUUGGCUUUUGCGAGUCGCGCUUGGAUUUGAUGAUGAACCGGUAAUUUCUCUCGUUAAAUCAUUUGAAAAAAUAUUUUCCAGGUUAAACUACGAAAUGAGUCUUCCUCAAUCGCAGUUAGCAAGAAUUUCCCAGGUAGAAAUGCGAUCCGAAAGACGCAAGAGCUGAAACAGUAAGUUCUUCAUCCAAAAAAUCAUUGAUUGGAUGUGAAUUUCUUAAUUUAGUUGGGUGGAAGGUCUAACCAAGGAACUGGCGAAACGAUUAGCGACGGAUCAAAUUCAGGUUAGUAGAAAAAGGAAAAUCUGUGAAUUCAUAAAAAAAAAAUCGUAGAUUUUUAGAGAAGAACAUGAACUAAUUAGUUUCAAAGAAAAAGCUCUGUUCUUUGGAAAAUUUUCGAACUUAUAAAUAUUUCAGAGCUAAAAUCAGUUUCUUACAUUUCCUGUCAAAGUUUUGUAGUGGUUCGAAAAAUUUGGAUUUUUUCAAUGAGGAUAUCCUGUUCAAAAUUCAUUGAUCAAUUUUUUGAAAACGUUUCAUAAAGGUCUCAAAGCGAAAAGCCAUUUUCAAUGUUAUUUCGGGUCUUGCGCCUUAAAAAUUUAAUCUAAGAUUCUUCAAAAAAAUUCAAUUUAAAAUAUCUGCAUUUUAUUUUUUGAAAUUACUAUAGAAUGGAUCUUUUUUUCGAAGCUUGGGAAUUUUAACAUUUUUUUAUUUUUUUCUAUGCGUCUCGGAAAGGCCUUGAAAAAUUGAAAAAAAGAAUAAAUAAAGUUUAGAACAAAAAGAAUGGGAGAAAAACCUGGUCUAUUCUCUAACCACCGAGGAAGGUCGACCUCAAAGAACCUUGAAGAUCAGUUCCUACAAUCCGGAUGUUCUUCUGGAGUUGCUCUGGAAAACCAUCAAGCCGAUGAACCGGGCGGCCGAUGAACAGAAUUGGUAGUUCUUCCAGUUUUUCAUAGGUUAACGAUGCUUUUUGAGGCAACCCUCGGUUUACAACAUUUCCCUGAGCGUCAGUCGAUUCACGGCCGGCACUGGGAAUAAAUCAAAAAUGAUUACCGAGUGGGUCAGACAGGGAAAAGCGCAAGAAGAGGAGAUGGAAGUUGUUGUCGUCGAAAAUAACUGCCAGCCGAGUAGCUCCACAGCUGCUCCAGUGGUUUCGGAAGUCCCGGAACACGUUAUUCCAAUUGUUAGUUUUCAGUGAACUGAGAAGAAAGCGAUCCAUGUCGGGAAAAAAAAGAGAAAUUGGAAAUUAAUGAAAAUUCACCAGUAUUUAGAAUUGUUUAAUGAAAAAUAAGUGUUUUAUUCCUUUACCUUAUCUAAAAGCUAGGCUAAUAUAUUUUCAAGUAGCUUUUGCUUAUAAACUUCAGAACGCCAGAGUAGUUUCUAGAGGGGUUUGGAAAAAAAACCUCCUGUAGAAACAAAAAGUGCUCCCUAGAGGGUAACGUUUGGGGGUACCCAACGGAGACAACUCAGAGGGAUUCCUAUGGAGAAAAAAGUCCCCAUAAGCGAAAGAAAGCGCUCCCUAUAGGGGUUUAGGGUCUGACCUCUAAGCCCUUAAAGCUUAAAUGGUCCCUACAGGGAUCUUUCAAUUUUUUGUCCAAGUUCAAAAAUUAAAAAGAAGUUUUCAUGAAACUUGAUCACGUGAUCCUCUUUUAAUAGUUUUUCUUUUUGAGACUUUAAAAAAUUGUUUCCAGCUUUAACCGGAGAAAAACACCUAGCUCCAUGAGUAAUUUCUGGGAUCCUAGUUUUUUGACCCAUAAAUCGAAAUUUUCGACUUCCAAUUCUUGAAGUUCCCCUCAAGUUGCCCCUGUAGGGACCUUCUGACAUUCCUAAGAAGGACGAUGAAAAUUUGAUAAAAUGGAAAGCAGCCCGUUUUUUAUUUUCAAAAAGAUAGGAGUAAAAAAUGUUUCGGAUAAGUUAAAUUCACAUAGUAUAACUAACCCAUUGAAACUUCUUUGGAAAAAAAAUAUUUAAUUUAUCCUUUCAAUAUUACCUCCUUCAGAUCCCCCAGGCAACCACUGUCGAAGAUGACGAUUUGAUGAUUGAGGACGAUUUUAUCAACGUCGACGGCGAGUUGAUCUCGAGAAAAGUCUUCAACGAGCUUCCCGACUUCAUAAAGAAAGUUUGUAAAGGAGAGAAAUUUGCCGCCUUAACUGAGCAAAAACAGGAAUACGAGCAUCGUAUAGCACUGGCGAAGGCUCGCGAAGUGAAAAAGAAAGAAGUCGUCAAGGAGGAAGUCGGAAAACGGGGAAAGAAACGGCCGACCGUGCAGGAAAAGCCUGGAAACAAGGCGAAACGAAUAGACGCCUUUUUCAAGACUGGUUAAUUUUCUUUGGUGAGUUUUAGAAACGAAAUAGAUGCUUUCUAUAGUUUCUGACAUGUUUAUAGGUCAGCUAGAGCCUUUUAGACCUGAAAUGCGCAUUUUCGGUUUUCUCUGUGUCUCCUAAGCUUUAUCUUCCUCCUUCGUUGUUUCGUUGUUAGUAAACGUAUCUCAAUUUUUUUAAAUCUUAGUUGAAAUACCAGCUAUUCUUGCAUUUUUUUCAAAUGAAAUCCUUAGAAUUGUAUAGAGCUGUUUGAUUCUGAAGUUAUUUUUUCAGUUUUUUUUCCGAAGGCUCGAUUUUUUUGGAGUUUUAUGCGCUUAGUUCUACGAUUCUUAAUACUUUUAGUAAACUCAAAAAUUUCCCUUUCAACUUCAGUUCAACUACCAGUCAUCUUCAUAACUUUCUCAGAAAGUUUUUUUUAGCCAUUUAAAGCUCUAAACCAACUUACCGUUUUGUACAGUGUUAAUAUCCCCUUUCGCGAAAAGUUCAUGACCCCUGAUAGGUCCUUGAUCUGAGUUAACCAAGCUUCCUCUGUAGAUUUUGUUCAUACACUACCUCAUUCACCAUUUACUCACCUCAAAAACGUGUAAAUAAGCCUUGUAAUGACCUGAGAAUAAACUAUUGAAGCUGCUCAUCGAUCAAUGGGAGUUGGAGCGGGGCCAGAUUGUUUUUUUUUCGGAGCUGCGAGAAAAUUAAAUACUUUUCAUAGCUCCUGUUAAUGUAAUACUUCAGCUAGAGCCUUCAGGUCCUGGAAAAUAUUUCAAGGUGUCUCGUUUUGUAAAUAUUCUUGAAACACUUUUUCUUCAUAAACGGCUUUUGAUCUAAUUUAGCCAUGCUUCCUCUACAGAUCUUACAAAUAUUAUCUCAUUCUCCACUUUUCCCUACCUUAAAAACGUGUACCUAAACCUUGUAAUGACCCGCAAAUGUUUGAAUAAACUAUCGGAGCUGCUCAUCGAUCAAUGGGAGUUGGAGCGGGUCCAGAUUGUUUUUCGGGGCUGGCAGCAGAGCAACGCGGACAUGUGACGCCAGCCAACUGUCCGAUCGAGUUCGAUCCGCCAGAGCCGUUGCCACACGUCCUUCUGCCCCCUCAGAACAAGAUGACGAAGCCGAUCAACUGGUUCGUUACCUGGCUUCCGCUCCUCAAGUUCUCCCAAGCGGUCAGUUCCAGCUAAUCCGCUCGGUGUAGGAUCAAUGGGGUCUUGAGUUUUUUUGCGACGAGUAAUCUAGUUUAAACAAGAAAUUCGAUCAUAGGAGUAGCUUUCAGGAAAUCGUUUUUUUUUAAAUUCAUUUAGCUAGGACCGCUUUACUUCCCAAUAUAGAAGAAAAUAAAGCAAAUGAGGUCCCUAUAGGGCUUUUAGUUACGUUUAGAAAUACCGAUGAGUUUUUUUCUACUUUUCUAGGAUUACUAUUGAAUCUUCAGAAUCUCAAUAAUGUUUCUCGUUUUUCUACAGAUAGAGCAUAAAUGACAGAUUUUCCUCACGUUUUUUCCUGGUUUCGUUUUGAAAUUUUCCAGGAAUUCAAUUUCUCUUGAAAUAAUUUUUCAUCUUUGAUAAUCUGCUUUUGGAGAUAUUAUUCUGCAAAGUUUUGAAAUUUGUCUUGAAAUUCUCAGGAACGCCAGAGUGGUCCUUUUGGGGACAACAUUAUGGGCCCUUGGAGGUCCCCUCUAGAGACCACUUUAGACUCUCAUUUAGGGGUAAUGAAGCUUGCAAAAGUGGCCCCUAUAGGGGCUGGACACGCUAGUCGCUUAUUGUUAUAAACUCUAUGAGAAGAAACUCAAUACAUUGGCGUUUUUGAAAAGUAUCAUUAAUAAUGAAUCAAUUUUUGUUGAAUUCUUCUUUUUGAUUCUCGAGUCUGAACAAAGUUGAAGACCCCUAUAAGGACCACUUAAGCUUCAGAGGCUUGGAGUCAGACACUAAACCCUUUCAGGGAGCUCUUUUAGUCCUUAUAGGGGCUGUUUUGUCCUAAACCUUAUAGGGACCACUCUGACGUUCCUCAUUUUUUUGAAAACAACCUAUUAAUUAAGGUAUGCGUUUCGUUGAUCAUCAUCCUGUUGCUGGAAGGCCGUGAACAAUGGUUCUUCUACCAAGUUGUCUACAUUUUCGCCUUCUUGGUCCUGUUUUUCGCCAUCAUUUCGCUAGUUCUUCACUAUUUCGAUAUCACCGAAAGCAAUGGCUUGCCCUGGCAUACGAUUGUGAGUUUUGACCAAAAAAUAUUUUUUUUCUCACGAGUUGGGAAUUUGACUAAAUAUGGAUCAAAAUUCAGGAAAUGGUGAGCAAUUUGGGCUGCGCCCUGGCGAGUAUCGGGCUGGCCGCGGUCCUCCUUUGGGACGUCUGGAACAUGAGCUCGGGCCGAAUGGAGAACAUCAAGUACCAUUCUCGAGCUCCGCCUUUCAACAUUGGCCUCGCCGCCUGGACUCGCCGAACUUCCAUCGUCGGCGUGAGUAAUAAUGCGUUUUGCAAGCUUCGAAAUACCAAAGGGUGUUUCUAAAAAACAGUCUGAACUUGCGGAGGGGUUCUCAGAUAAAACUAGCAACGGUAGAUCCCGCUUCGAAGCGUGAAAAACGCCCAAAAUUUGGAAAAAUGGCCUUUUUGGUUGAGCUAAUUUGGAUUGGAGAAUGAAGCUUACUUCUAGGGGCAUAAAGAUCAAAGUGAACUUUUAUUAAAAAUUAUUUCCAGCUUUAACCGGUGUUAAAAAAACACCUAGCUCCAUGAGUAAUUUCUGGGAUCCUAGGUUUUUGACCCAUAAAUGGAAAUUUUCGACUUCCAAUUCUUGUUUUCACUUGUAAUCAAGACGUUUGUUCAUUUGAAAAAAAUAAAAAAACGUGGUUUUUUUGAAAAAUAACUUUUUUUUAAAGUAUAAAAAAAGGCUGCUCAUUGACUUUAUCCAUAGAGCGCGUUUGACGCACUACGAAAAUUUAAUUUUAGGACUAUUUUUUUUUUCUAAGCCUUAUUCCUGAGCUCUCACUGAUCUCUUUCAAUUCUAUUGAAAAAGGCUUUUCAUCUAUUUUAUCCGUAGAGCACAUGUUACCUUUGCAGCUUUUUUUUCUUUUUCUCAUUUUUCUCUCAUAAUUUAUACUUCCAUCAAGACCUUAGUUAAAACUUCUUCUCAGGGAUCCCUCGUGAUCGCCGCGGCUCUCUUCAUCGUCACCUAUCUCAAGCUCGCAAAGACUUCUUCUCGUCGGUAA